AUGGCCUCACGAAAACUUCUACUUUUUGGAGGAACGGGUUUUGUGGGGUCACAUGUGCUUUACAAGGCACUCCAGCGCGGAUGGAAAGUCACAUGCGCAUCGCGGGGUGGGCUGCCGCCAGUUGGAUCCCCGCUGCUCGAUGAGGCCGUCCUGCGGCAUCACCACCCGCCGGAGGAGAACUCCACGGACGUUGCCGAGGACGCCACGAGGCAAAUAACGCCGUUCCACAGCCCGUUGGAGUUUGUCUCGCUUGACGCCACAAGUCGUUCGCAGGUGUUCCACUUCAUUGAGGACAAUCCUGACGCCACAGCCGUUGUGAGUUGCAUCGGGCUUCUGACGCGCGAUCACAACGAGGCCAGGCGUGUCUGUGGCGAUGCGAACGUCAACAUUGCGGCCGCGCUAUAUGAGCGUGGCAAAGGGGUGCGGCGGAUGGUGCUGGUGUCGGCUGAGCCGUACCACGAGGCCCUCCCUGUUCUUGGCAGCAGGUGGCUUCUAAAGGGGUAUUUUUACGGCAAAAAAAUUGCGGAGCGGGCUGUUUUGGAAAACUUGGGCGAUCGCGGCGUUGUGCUUCGCCCCGGGUUCAUCCAUGGCACGCGUUAUGUGCCGCUGGGGGAAGGAUUUGUUCCGCUGCCACUCUGGCUGCUUGGACGCCCACUGGAGGCCGUCCUGCGACCAUUGCACCGGGGAGGCGUACUGCUGCCGCCCGUGGACGUCGAUGUCGUGGCGGAGGCGGCGGUACGCGCCAUUGAUGCCGAUGCCCCUGUGGGGGUCAUGGACUACGCCAAGAUGCAGGAGCUCUGCGCGGAGUCGCAGCCGCGGGAAACCACCACCAAAGCGGAACAAAAUUAG